AUGAUAGACGAACACCGAGCCGAAAUCGACCUGUGUGGACUAGAACCAAAUGACGUCACCCGCCUUCUCACCCACUGCCUCGAAAACAAUGUAUUCGAAUUCGACAACGAGUUCUACAGACAGCGAGUCGGCAUCGCCAUGGGCAACAAGGUGGCACCCCCAGUAGCCAUCAUAUUCAUGCACAAAUUCGAAACGCGGGCACUGGACAAUGCAGUGCUGAAACCAGAGUUCUACUCGAGGUAUAUUGAUGACUCCAUUGGAGUCUGGACUCACGGACGAGACGAGCUGAACAAGUUCCUCGAGUACCUCAACUCCAUCCACCCGAGAAUCAAGUUCACUCUGGAAGAUAGCAGAAAGGAAAAAGAAGCGCAUGGAAGACAUUCUUUAGACACCCUGUGCUACAGUUACCGGAUACAGCUGACUGUGCUGGAUGGAAAUGCGGUGGCAGCGCUCACAGAGACGGCGGCCACUCCUUAA